AUGCCCGGUCGUCUGUUGAGCACCCUCGCGAGGGUUGCGCCCACGCCAUUGCCUAAACUGGACCCCGUUAAACCACACGCCGAGGGCCUGCUUCCGCCAGUAUACUCAUACGACGCACCCCGCGUAAAAGCAAAGUCCAAGUCGGAAGAGUCGCUCGUCAUGGAUAUCUUCAACCGCCACAAGCAUGACAAGCACGCGAAGGAAAAGGAAGAAGUCAAGAAGAGCCCCAAGGUUGAGGCUCAGGGUGCGGCUUCCAUGAACAUGAGCGUCGAGUCGCCACCCAUUGUCUUCUACAACAGCCCGCAAACUUCGACUGGCGCAAUUUUCUCGGGUCAGCUCGUCAUCAAUGUUCAUGAUCCCUACGUCACCGUGGAAAAAUUCGAGAUGCGCAUGCUCGCCAUCGUUUCCACUAAGAAGCCUGUCGCCCCACACUGCGCCGAGUGCAGCACGCAAACCACUGAAAUCCACAAGUGGGAGUUCCUGACGCAUCCUACCACCCUGCGUCAUGGUCCACACACUUUCCCCUUUAGCCAUUUGCUACCGGGACACCUACCCGCGACUACGCAUGGCAGCCUCGCUACCGUCGAUUACUACCUGUCUGCUGUUGCCACUACCUCAUCGGGAAAGAUUACCUACAAGCGUAACCUUGACAUCAAGCGCGCCAUCUUCCCGGGUGCCGAAAAGCACUCCAUUCGAAUCUUCCCACCCACCAACCUAACCGCUUCGGUUAAGCUGCCACCGGUCAUCCACCCGAUUGGCGACUUUCCCAUUGAGAUGCGCUUAUCCGGUAUCGUUCAGAACAAGGCGGACUCACAGACGCGCUGGAGACUUCGCAAGCUCAACUGGCGUAUCGAAGAAACCCAGAAGUUCAUCGCUCCAGCUUGCGCCAAGCACAUCUCCAAGGUCGGUGGUGAGGGCAAAGGCGUCCUUCAUGAGGAUGUCCGCGCCAUCGCUAGCGAGGAGGUCAAGACUGGCUGGAAGACCGACUUCGAGAAGGGCGAAAUCGAUGUAGAGUUCCAGGCUGCCUGCAACGUCGGCCUCAAGCCUCUAUGCGACAUGGAGAGCCCUAGCGGAAUGAGCGUUAAGCACAACCUUAUCAUCGAGAUGGUCGUUGCUGAAGAGUGGGCACCACUGAAGAAGCUUAGCCAGGCUACUCCUACUGGUGCUGCCCGCGUUCUCCGUACCCAGUUCCACCUCGUUCUUACUGAGCGCUCUGGUAUGGGUAUCGCCUGGGAUGAGGAGCAGCCCCCUCUGUACGAGGACGUUCCCAUUAGCCCGCCCACUUACAUCGAGGACUGCGAAUUCCCAUGGUCCAACAACAGCUCUCGUUCCGGUAGCUUCAGCCUGGAGCAGUAG